UUGACCGGAGGCGAAGAUGAACCAUCCAACACAACCAUGAACCAUCCUCACUGUUCAUGGUCCGGGUCAUCGCGCAGCCCCCCACGAGAAAGCCGCGCCACCACUUCGCCGAGAUCCUGCAACAUCGCCCGGCACCGAAGCAUCCCACCUGCCCCCACUACAUGCACGCUGUUUUAUCAUCACACCAUCGCUUUACUUCACUCCAUAGAUUACCAACUCGCAUGCCCACUCUCGCCAUCCCUUCCUCUCUCCUGCUCACCCUCCGCCUCCUCGCCGCCCGGACGUUCUCCACCUCCGCCGCCUCCGGCUACUCCACCACCACCGUCAAGAUGGCGCGGUCGGCGCUGGACGAGGUCACCGAUACCGGCGCCUUCGACCGGUCGCCGUCCACCUUCCGGAGCUCCGUGUCCAGCGACGCCUCCGCCAGGUUCCCCGCCGUGCCGGGGCGGUACCACCUCUAUGUCUCCUACGCGUGCCCCUGGGCGUCCCGGUGCCUCGCCUUCCUCAAGCUCAAGGGCCUCGACCACGCCAUCGGCAUCACGGCCGUGAAGCCCAUCUUUGAGAGGACCAAGGAGACCGACGACCAUCUCGGGUGGGUGUUCCCCACCACCACAGACGAGGAACCCGGCGCCAAGCCGGACCCCUUCAACGGUGCUAAGAGUGUCAGGGAGCUCUACGAGAUUGCCAGCCCGAGCUAUGCCGGGAAGCCAAGUGUCCCCGUCCUCUGGGACAAGCAGCUGAAGACGGUGGUGAACAACGAGAGCUCCGAGAUCAUCCGGAUGUUCAACACCGAGUUCAACGACAUCGCCAGGAACCCAGGGCUGGACCUCUAUCCAGUUCUACUCCGGGCAUCCAUCGAUGACAUCAAUGAGCUGGUCUACGACGCCAUAAACAAUGGCGUGUACAAGUGUGGCUUUGCCAAGAAGCAGGGGCCAUAUGACGAGGCUGUGACAAGAUUAUAUGAGGCUCUGGACAAAUGCGAGGAGAUUCUUGGCAAGCAACGGUAUAUAUGUGACAACCAGCUGACGGAAGCUGAUAUUCGCCUAUUUGUGACCCUUAUACGAUUUGAUGAGGUUUACGCUGUUCACUUCAAAUGCAACAAGAAGCUCCUGAGGGAAUACCCAAACCUGUUUAACUACACCAAGGACAUCUACCAGAUCCCUGGCAUCAGCAGCACGGUGAACAUGGAGCACAUCAGGAAGCACUACUACGGAAGCCAUCCGUCUAUAAACCCCUACGGGAUUAUCCCAGCGGGCCCCAACAUCGACUACAAUGCCCCACAUGACAGGGAGAGGUUUGGCUCGUGAGGGAUCUUGUACUGUGCUGUGUUGUGCUUGAGAAUCUUGUGCUUGGUUGCGUCAAAGGCUGCAAGUAUCGCUAAUAACAUCUCUCUAUUUUUUUUCUUUUUGGAAUGUUUCGGUUUCUUGUUUGAGUGCGAGUCGGAACUUGUAAUGCCGGUAGCUUCAUGAUAAUAAAUCAACUGGAUUACAGGCUCUUUCUA